AAGACAACCAAUAUUUUUCGCAAACGUCAAACAAACAAAAUAAAUUUUUUUCACUCUUGAUUGCGGCAAAAAAUUUGUUUAACGCAAUUAUUUUGUGAAAAUUGCCAGCAGUAUUUAUUAAAAAUUGUGUUAAUACAAAACGUAAACAGUGCCCCUCAUAAUGGCCGAUCCAAAAUUCGAAAAUUUGCCAGGCAUAGCUUAUGACCAACCCGAUGUUUAUGAGACGCCCGACAAUGCGGAGCAGGAAACUUCUGACUACUAUGAGGAGGAGCCGGAAAAUGAGGCCAUUGAACGUUUGCAUAUUUCAACUAAAGAUUCGUAUAAACGUUUUCAUGGCGCCAGCCUAGAGGGAAAUGUGGACUUUUCCGAUCGCAUUGGUAGACGCCUGUGCCGUGGCUAUGAGGCCACCUCGGGAGAAUUUGAAUUGGUGGGUAUGGGUGAACGAGAGACACCAGUGCAAAAGUGCAGACGUUUGCAGUGUGAAAUGAAUGAAUUACUGGAGGAGGUGUCUUCUUUGCAAAAUGACCGCAAGUUGGUGCAAGAAGAAAAAGAAUCUUAUGAUGCUGUGGCCACUGUUAUAACCACUGCCAAAAAGGUUUUAGACUCUCUCAGACUAGAACAGGUAUUGGGUAAGGAGCAGGCUCCCAGUAAAACCGAUAAAGAGGUCAAGGCUCUCAUCAAUCAAGUUGAGGAGUAUAAAACCUCAGGUGUUUUAACAGCCAUACCCACUCCCGGCACUGAUUUAGCGGCCUCAGCCCGUAUAGCCAAGCUGGAACAUCGUUUGCAUCAAUUGGAACAGGCUGUGGGUGCCCAACCGGAAAAGUUGAGCCGUUUAACUACAUUAACUCAAAGUACCAAUGUUAUGGAUGCUGUACGCCAGCUAAGCACAAAAGCGGCUCUGUUGCAACCGGAAAAAAUCGAUGCCAUUGAAGAACGUUUGGGUUCUUUGGGCUCGAAAAUGGAUGCUAUAGCGGAAAAAUCUAGUGGUUCAGCUGAUGAAGCGAAACGCGAUCAAAAAGUUACUGAUCUGUAUGAUAUUGCUAAGAGAACCGAACCUGUGGCUGAAAUUUUACCCGACAUCAUUGAAAGAAUGCAGGCAUUGGAGGCUUUACAUAAAUAUGCCAUGAAUUUCGCUAAAAUUAUUGCUGAAAUCGAAGAGAAACAAACCAACAUCACCACUUCAUUGGUCAAUAACAAAGAACUCUUACAUUCGGUACAGGAAACAUUUGCACAAAAUCUUGAAACCAUCAACAAGGAGGUGGCCAAGGUAGAGGAACGUGUAAAUACAGUAGAAGGCAGUAAAAAAUAAAAAGACAUUAUUUGUACGUCAUACUCUAAAUUACUUUAUUAAUUACAAUUUAAAAGAAAUAAUUUGAUGAAUUAAUAAUACAACAUUUUAAGUGAUUGAAAAUUAUUUAUGAAGAAAAUAAAAAAUAAAAAUUUACAUAAAUAGAA